GUCAACGCAUACAUUUUAUUAUCAGUUCUUAAAAUGUAUAAAUUUGAGAUAAGUCAUUUGGUAGCCAAUCACAAAAUAAAGUUAGUCAUAAAAGUCGUCAUGAAAGCAUUCAUAAAAGUGCGAAGGCAGUCAUCAGAUUAUUGUUAACUUUAAUGGAUUUGAUUUCUAAAUAGUGGAAAUACACAAUUCUUGUUCUAGAAUAUAAGCUUUAGAGAUCUUAACAACGUUCAAUUAGCAUGGGUUAAAUAUAUCCAAUGAUAAUAAUUUUGUUUAAACUUUCAUUAUGUCUCGCAAAUAAAAAAUAUGUGGAAAACGCUCAAAAAGACUUUCAAGGGCAAAUCAAGUUCAAAAUCGACCAGCACAAGAAAGAGGGGAAGACAUCGGGAAAAUGGUGAAGAAAGUGUUCAACCCCCUGAUACUGUAAACGCAGGGACUCAAACUGAACCUUGUAAUAAAGGGGUGGAAACACGUCAACGGUCUAUUCGUGUCGAAUAACCGGAUGUACUUUAGUCAGCCGUCAUUUUAUUUGACACAUUCUAAAAUGAUACAUUAGGAGGGAGGAGUUCCUUACAGACUCUCAACACACAGAGUAGCGGUAUCGGGGGCUCACAAGACCUACUUGCAUCUCCAUAUGGAAGUAAUCUCAGCUUCCACCACCACCACCACCACACGUAUAACUACAGUACGUAUGGACCUAAUUCUAACUUCGGGACCCAGACUAGUGUUACAGAGAAUACGUGCCAUGUAGAUAACAUUCGUGGUUUUCAAGACGCUGAUCGUCGGAAUAACUCAGAUCGUAGAACAAAAGAGGGUUACUAUAGCAACGACGAUGAAGGUGGCUUUUGUGUGCAUGAAAUGAAUACAUCUAUAUGCAUGAGCUCCCCGAAAGUAACGCUCGGCCAUCUCAACAAUGAUGCUAGUGGCACGAGAAGGCCUGAUGAAUCCAGUAACACGCGAGAGCCUGUGGAAUCCAGUGAUGGCGUGCAUGGUGGUGAUGGCUGUGAAGCGGAACGGGAAAUCGAAAAUACGUUGUAUGGUUUAAAUCCAAGUUUGAGAAAGCUGAGGACUACAUCGUUACCACCCUCAUUAGAAAAAUAUUCAAACCUGGAACAAGCUUCGAGUUUGAACGUAAUCUGGGACCCACUGACCGGAAAUCAACUGUAUGGAAUUGGUGCACGACCAAAGAACUCGUCUGCCAAUCGACCAGUUGAAAACGAUGAGAGAUCCUUAGUCGUCCCAAGGCCCAAAAAUGGAUCAAAUGAAGCCAUCAACAGACGAAAUGUGCUUCAAAGAAGUGAGGCCAGUUUGGCUAGUCCGGAUAAUACUUCAAAUAAACGCUGGGAGGAGAUGUUGCAGCGCCGACAGGAGCAGUCUCGAAAAAGGGCAGAAUUCUUCAGCAAUCAUGAUGUUUCUGGAGCAGCUUGCGAUGGGAAGAAGGCUAUAAGCUUGACAACAUUAACCAGGUCAAGGAUCCUUUACACGAUUGGUGAAAAGUAAAGUACAGAGUUGAGGAUGUCCCUGUUAAUGUCUAAACAUUGCGAAACACUGCCUAAACACUACUAGAUGUGUGAGCAAGAUAUGCUCAGCCAUUCGUUAACAGGUAAAUGGAUGAACAGACUGGAAUAAUCCUGGAUCAUCACUUUAUAUUUUUACCCUGCUUUAUUAUUUACUUCAUUUUUUGCAUGUUAUUUAUAUGGAAAUAUUUAUGUGAACAUAAUAAUGCUAAUAAAGGCAGGAC